CGCCCACGCCGGGAACGGACCAAUGGGGUUGGAGGUGGGGAGCAUCCGGUGCUGGACUGCAGGACUCCAGGACUCGUUUGAGUGAAAGAGGUUUUUAAAGGAUUUUACGCCUAAAAACAGCUUUAAAAACGCCGAAAUUGACACGUUACCGGCUGUGUUGGAGUCCUAAAGGGCGGUUCGGAGGGUUUAGUAAACACUGGGACUCGUAUAUAUGCGAGUUUUGGGGGGUUUUGUCUCUCUGCGCUGCUGUUGAUCAGAGCUGCGCUCGCUUGUGUUGUUUGUGUUGACCAGCUAAGCAAACUAACACCAGCUAAAGGAGCUCCGGGGAUCCAGCUCAGCUCAGCUCAGUUCCGCGCUUUCCCCGGCUUGUCUGAACCCAGGCCAGGCCGGUAUGAACGGCUUCAGCACGGAGGAGGACAGCCACGACGGGCCGCCGGCUCCGGGGCCUCUGUUCGGGCAGAGCUGCUGCCUGAUCGCGGACGGAGAGCGCUGCGGCCGGCCUGCGGGUAACGCCAGCUUCAGCAAGAGGAUCCAGAAGAGCAUAUCUCAGAAAAAACUCAAACUGGACAUCGACAAGAGCGUCAGACACCUGUACAUCUGUGACUUCCACAAAAACUUCAUCCAGAGCGUCCGCAACAAACGGAAGAGGAAAACGAGUGAUGACGGAGGAGAGUCUCCAGAUCAUGAUGUCGAGGUCCCAGAGGUGGAUCUGUUCCAGCUUCAGGUGAACACACUGAGGCGCUAUAAACGGCACUACAAGAUCCAGACCAGACCAGGCCUGAACAAAGCCCAGCUGGCAGAGACCGUGAGCCGCCACUUCCGGAACAUUCCGGUGAACGAGAAGGAAACUCUGACAUAUUUUAUUUAUAUGGUGAAGAGCAGCAAGAGCCGACUGGACCAGAAAUCGGACGGGAGCAAACAGCUGGAAUAAAGCCCCUCCUCCUUGGUAGCGCCCCCCAGUGGCCACGCUGUCUUUUCUAGUGACUGCUCAGACACUCGCAGGGUAAAGAGUUUAAUGUGAAUAUACUCGUAUACGUUAACACAAGCAAGAGUAACGAACACACGUCACAUCUGUGGGAGAGCGUUUAUCUGCCGCAAAGCGCUUUGGGAAUGAUUCACGUUUCCAAGUGACUGUUUAAUAAGUUCAGCUUCUGUGCCAAAACCGUAAAUUAUGAAGAAAAAAUAAUCAGCGAAAUGGUUCCACAAAGCUGCGGUUGGUGGGUAUUUUUCUCCAAUAUAGUUUCUAUCCAGCGUGGAUCGGUAAAAAGUGCAUGUUAUUGACCGUAAUGACGUACGUUAGCCGCGCCCAGCUGUGCUGCGGUCCGGCCGAACGCUCCAGUAACGCACUGACCCGUCAUAAAAGCGCCCACGCAUCUGCUUCACAGCAAACGAUUAGCCGGUCUCGUUAGAUUUUGUUAGCAACACCUCGCUUAGAAUUUGAUUUUUUUUUUCUCUUGUUUAUCAUUUCCUGUCCUGUAUUCAUUCAUUUUUCUCGUGUUUAAGUCGUUUAAGUUGUAAACUGCUGAGUUUUUGUCUGAAAGGUUUAUAUUGUGUGUUUUUAGUCUUUUCAUUUCAUACUAAAACACCAUUCCUGCACCAGAGUCUCAUUUCAGUCUGAAUCACCUGUACAUAACGAUAUAAUCACAGGGCCUAGAUUACGAGGCGGAAGGAGAAAAAUGCAGCCGUGUUCCUGUAUAAGUUGUUUCUGUUGCAGCGACCCGAACCAAGGCACUUCCUCACUGCUCGCUAACUUCAGCACUAACCAAACCACUGUUUUCUUUUUCUGACACAUUCGCAGCUGAAACCUUCUAAUUAAACAUGGUUUCAUUAUAAAUUUUGCCCUCUUAAACGUGAACUUAUGAUGCUAACGGUGCUAAAUGAACGUCUUGGCUGAUGCAGAUAAGAUCUUGUUAAAUAACAGUUAUUUCUAAGUAGCCAUCAGUGUCAAAAGUUUGUGCACCCCUGUUCAAAUUACAUUUUGUUGACUUUCUGCACAUUUUGGCUACGUUUACACAGCAGGUAAAAGUGGUUCACAAUGUCUUUUAAAUCUGAUCUGUAUGCGACAUCAGUCUGAACAGAUCAGCUCCUAAACUGACCCACAUGCUCUAAAGAACAGAGCGUCACGCUGCUUCACGGCUCAUCCAGAGCUAAACAAUCACGACCGCCAGCGAACGCCAGUUGCUCCCGGAGGAUCAGCUUCAUCUUCACCAGCAUCACAGGAGCCAUCAUGAAGCUUCACUGACUGACAGCUGGGCUCAUCACCCAGAAUGUGUUGGAGCUCAGCGUAAAAAGGGCGCGGUCACUUCUUUGGUUCGCGUCCUCGGAUUCUUUAAACUGUUUUGGCGCUGCAGCCUCGGUCUCCUCCGGCCGCGUUCGGCCAUUUCGUUCGAAACCUCUUCGAACACAGAGGAGUUUGAUGAGUCUCUUCUAAUGUUUUGGUACAGAAACAUCAGCCUGAGUGUUUAUGAGUCUCUGCAGGGCGAAAUUGACGAAUGUCGAGUUGGACUGACAUAAAAGGCGCAUGAAUUCCGAACCGAGUCGCAUUGCUGCAGAACGGAUUUCAGUACCACAUAUAAAAGCGUCUCAAAUCGGAAGUGAAAAUGUCAGAUUCAGUGUGUUUAUCUGUUCAGACAGACACACAGACACACGUCUGUGUCACACACGGAGAAAAAGAUCAGAUUUGGGCCACUUUUACCUGCUGUGUGAACGUAGCCUUUAAGGCACCAUCACUGUUUAUUUGCUGAUUUUAACGUAUCUGGGGGGAAACAUAGCAAAUAAGGUGGCCUAUGCAAAAAUAAUUUCUCUAAAUGUGUUAAAUUCAGCAAAUAAACACUGACAUAACAUUGAAAUGCAGUGUGGUCACUGUACAAGAUGUGUUCACUUAUUUUCACCAUCAAAUGUCAACACAAAUCAACACAAAAUGUCAUUCGACUGGGGGUCUUCAAACUUUAAACUGAUAACUGGUCUUUGCUGGUUAGCUUUCGUUCAUAGCCAACCACUUUAGUAUUUUCUUUGGCGUGGAUUCCCUUUAGUGAUGUUUGAGAACAAAAAAAAUCUUUAUUGUACUUUUUGGUAUUAAUUUGACAAUAAAACAACAAUAUUUAGUCCCUUUAA